AUGCCGCAGGACAGCUUUGAUUUCAAAUUUAGCCAAUGUUUUGGCGACAAGGCCGACAUUGUCGUUACGGAGGCCGAUAUCAUCACAGCGGUCGAAUUUGACCACACGGGCGACUUUCUCGCGACGGGUGAUCGGGGUGGACGCGUCGUGCUUUUCGAACGUAAUAAUAGUAAGCACUGCGAGUACAAAUUUCUGACAGAAUUUCAAUCCCAUGACGCCGAGUUCGAUUAUUUGAAAUCGCUUGAGAUCGAAGAGAAGAUCAACCAGAUCAAAUGGUGCCGACCCACGAACCAAUCGCACUUCUUACUGAGCACUAAUGACAAGACGAUCAAGUUAUGGAAAGUGUACGAGAAGAAUAUUAAACUCGUGAGUGAAAACAAUCUGAGCGAAGGAUCUUUGGCGUCCUCCCGGCCUGCUGGAACCGGUUCUGGUGCGCAGGGAGCCCGUCGCGGCAAUGGGGCUGCUAAAUCAGUGUUAUCGCUUUCUUCAUUGAAACUGCCGCGUAUGUCACAGCAUGACAAAAUCAUAGCAGCAGCUCCCAAAAGAAUCUACGGUAAUGCACACACGUAUCACAUUAAUUCCAUAUCGAUAAACUCAGAUCAGGAGACAUUUAUCAGCGCCGACGAUCUUCGCAUCAAUUUGUGGAACCUCGAAAUUCCUGACCAAUCGUUCAAUAUUGUUGACAUAAAGCCUGCCAAUAUGGAAGAGCUUACCGAAGUAAUCACGAGUGCAGAUUUCCAUCCUCAGCAAUGUAACCUAUUCAUGUAUUCCUCAUCCAAGGGCACGAUAAAAUUAGCGGACAUGCGUCAAAAUGCGCUUUGUGAUCUUCGAGCUAAGACUUUCGAGGAGUACCUUGAUCCUGUAAACCACAAUUUUUUCACAGAGAUCACAUCUUCGAUAUCAGACGUGAAAUUUAGCCCGGAUGGCCGCUAUAUUGCAUCUAGAGAUUAUUUGACGGUCAAGAUUUGGGACGUCAACAUGGAUACGAAACCUGUCAAGACAAUAAACAUACACGACCAAUUGAAAGAAAGGCUGAGUGAUACUUACGAAAAUGAUGCGAUUUUUGAUAAAUUCGAAGUCAAUUUCAGUGGCGACAGCUCGAGCCUAAUGACAGGAUCUUACAAUAACACAUUUAUGAUUUAUCCGAACGUCAUAAGCGGAGGCGCUUCGCCCGGUUCGAGGCGUCCUGAGCCGUCUACAAUGGAUGAGAUAGUACUACAGGCCGACAAGACAGCAUUCAAAUCCAAACGCCUAGGUACGUUGGAACAGCAAAGUGCACGCAAUAAAGAAUGGGGUGACGACAUAGAUUUCAAAAAGUCCAUUCUGCAUUUCUCAUGGCAUCCUCGGGAGAAUAGCGUGGCCAUUGCUGCCACCAACAAUUUAUUCAUUUUUUCUGCAUUGUAA